AUGCCUGGAUAUCCAGUUUUAGCUCCUGCUGCUUACUAUGACCAAACAGGGGCACUUGUUGUGAAUACCGGAGCCAGAAAUGGGCUGGGUGGCCCUGUUCGGUUGGUAGCUCCCGCACCGGUUAUUAUUAGUCCAUCUGCAGCUCAAGCAGAAGCUGUUGCAGCAGCAGCUGCUUCUGCCAACGGACCAGGUGGUGCUACAAAUGGACCCUUCCGUCAAUUGAAUUCUCAGCAACCUCAGGGACAACCGCAACCACAAGGCAAUCAGAAUCUGGCGUCCAGCUCAUUCUACGGCAACAGUUCCCUGACCAAUAACUCUCAAAGCAGCUCCUUAUUUUCACAAAGUUCAGGUCAGCCGGCGAAUAGUUCAUUGGGUUUUGGAAGCAGUGGAUCACUGGGAGCAACGCUUAGUUCAGCACUGGGUGGCUUUGGAACAGCAGUUGCUAAUUCUAGCACUGGUAGUGGAUCACGUCGUGAUUCUCUGACUGGCAGUACAGAUCUAUACAAAAGGACUUCCAGCAGUUUGAAUCCCAUUGGACAUAGCUUCUACAAUGGUCUAGGCUUCUCUUCCUCUCCUGGUCCUGUAGGCAUGCCCCUUCCAAGCCAGGGGGCCAGCCAUUCCCAGACACCCCCACCAUCUUUAUCCUCUCAUGGAUCAUCUUCCAGCCUCAACCUUGGAGGACUGACAAAUGGCAGCGGCCGAUACAUUUCUGCUGCACCAGGGGCAGAGGCUAAGUACCGCAGUGCAAGUAGUGCAUCAAGCUUAUUCAGCCCAAGCAGCACGCUUUUUCCAUCUUCCCGACUCCGCUAUGGUAUGUCUGAUGUGAUGCCCUCAGGUCGGAGUAGAUUGCUUGAAGACUUUCGGAAUAAUCGUUAUCCUAACCUUCAGUUGAGAGAAAUUGCUGGCCAUAUUAUCGAGUUUUCUCAGGACCAGCAUGGGUCUAGGUUUAUCCAGCUGAAGCUGGAACGUGCAACUCCAGCAGAGAGACAGUUGGUAUUUAAUGAGAUCCUACAAGCUGCUUAUCAGUUGAUGGUGGAUGUAUUUGGAAAUUACGUCAUACAGAAGUUUUUUGAGUUUGGAAGUCUAGAACAGAAGUUGGCACUUGCAGAAAGAAUUCGUGGCCAUGUUCUUUCCCUGGCUUUGCAGAUGUAUGGAUGUCGGGUAAUUCAGAAAGCACUCGAGUUCAUCCCACCCGACCAGCAGGUCAUCAAUGAUAUGGUCCGAGAAUUGGAUGGACAUGUUUUGAAAUGUGUUAAGGACCAAAAUGGAAAUCAUGUUGUACAGAAGUGUAUAGAAUGUGUCCAGCCACAGUCUCUGCAGUUUAUCAUUGAUGCCUUCAAGAGUCAGGUGUUUGCGCUCUCUACACAUCCGUAUGGUUGUAGGGUGAUUCAGAGGAUUCUUGAGCACUGCCUUCCUGAGCAAACACUGCCUAUACUUGAAGAGUUGCACCAGCACACGGAACAGUUAGUGCAGGAUCAGUAUGGGAACUAUGUCAUACAGCAUGUUUUAGAACAUGGUAGACCCGAAGACAAGAGUAAGAUUGUUGCAGAGAUUCGGGGCAAUGUCCUAGUUCUCAGUCAGCACAAAUUUGCAAGUAAUGUAGUUGAGAAGUGUGUGACGCAUGCUUCUCGCACAGAACGAGCAAUGUUAAUCGAUGAAGUUUGCACGAUGAAUGAUGGGCCUCACAGUGCCUUAUAUACAAUGAUGAAGGAUCAGUAUGCUAACUAUGUUGUGCAGAAAAUGAUUGAUGUAGCAGAGCCAGCUCAGCGUAAGAUUGUCAUGCACAAGAUUCGACCACACAUUGCCACUCUUCGUAAAUAUACAUACGGCAAACACAUUCUUGCUAAACUGGAGAAGUACUACAUGAAGAAUGGUAUGGAUCUGGGUCCAAUGUGUGGUCCCUCAAAUGGCAUCAUCUAG